AUGGAGCUGGCGGUAACGGCAUCAAUGUUACUGGCCGCCAUGUGCCAAACUGUCACCAUGUACUGCAAGAUGCUGUUACCAUCAAACGGAGGCCAAGAUGAGGCCGUCCACUGCAUGGGGCAGGUGUGUGUUACCUGUGUAGAGCGAGCAGAGAUCGCGACAGUUGAAAGACGUAAGGAGAUAGCCUUGGCCACAGCAGCCUUUUUCUUCAUUAUGGUCUCCUUUAUAACGUGUGUGGCUGACCUUCUCGUGAGGCGGGUCACAAAAUCAAGCCACACCCUUUUUGUCCGUAUCACGUGGUGUGUGACAGUGACUGAUAAUAUGACAGAGAUGGAAAACAUCACACUCGCCAUGGAGAACACUACCAUGAAUACGACAACCGAAACAACACUGCCUCAAGGAGAAGUUAUCGAUGGGAACAUCAUCCGGUAUCUACCUCUUUACAUGGCUGCUUACUGGUUAGAUACGACUUACUUAUGGACUCUGACAAUUGUUGGGCUCAUUGGCAACAGUCUGUCCAUGGUUACCAUACUUCGCAUGCGGCCUCAGACGUCAUCGUCCCUGUAUGUGGCAUUCCUGGCCGUCAUGGAUUCUUGCUCGUUGGUCAUCAAGUUGGUUUUUCAACAGGUGACCAAGUACGACAUCGGGAUAGGCAGUGGUGGGUGCCGAGUACUGCUUUUCCUGGGCAACGCGUCCGUGAUGGUUGCUAACUGGUUGGUUGUUGUCAUGACCGCAGAACGACUUCUCGCAAUCUGGUUUCCGUUCAAGGUAGCAGAAAUAAGCACGAAAUCGAAGGCAUAUAUUGUUUACAUCUCCUUACUGGUGGCAUUUAUGGGCGUCAACUGUUUCUACCUUUUUACGUUUGAGGAGGACUAUGAUGAAGUUACUUUCUUCACCUGUGAGCCGAUGGAUGAAUACAAGGAUGUAGUGGUUAAUGUGUUAUACUGGCUGGAUGCUGUGUGUUAUGCCCUGGCUCCAUGCCUGUUGUUAAUAAUUUUCAAUUGUCUAAUAGUGCUAGGAACUUGGAUGUCAGUGAGGGUACAGAAGAAACUGACCCAGAACAAAGAUCAGAUGGAUGAGAAGCGAAAACAGCAGAAUCAGAUUACAGUCAUGUUAGUCACCGUGUCUGUCAUUUUCCUUGUCCUAACCAUGCCCAACGGCAUAUUCUUCAUGCACACCGGAAACUGGAAUCCAAACUCAAACGAUGCAUGGGCGGAGAAAAUUUUGGUUGAGAGAAUCAUUUUGUUUCUCAGUGACUGUAACCAUGCCGUAAAUUUUUUCCUCUAUUUCCUCAGCGGAAGGCGAUUUCGGAAAAUGUUCCUUAAGAUGUUCUGUCCAAAGUGUGCGGCCCGGAGACAACAAGAGUCGACAUACGGACCUGGGGCAGUUAGUAGUACACGAGCCACCGCUCUGAAUACGGUCUCCUAUAACGCAGACUACAAGAUGUAA